CUACGUCACAGUGGUACCACUGAGGAAGAAAAAACAGAACAGGAGUGAAGGAAGCCGCUUGCUAGUCUACGACAACAACAACAACACUGACAGCACCUGCAAAUAUGGCAGAAGUUGAGGAGACACUAAAGAGAAUUCAAACUCACAAAGGUGUAAUUGGAACAAUAGUUGUUAAUGCCGAGGGGAUCCCAAUAAGAACUACCUUAGACAACUCCACUACGGUGCAGUAUGCUGGUCUGCUGCACCAGCUCACAAUGAAAGCGAGGAGCACAGUCCGAGACAUCGACCCUCAGAAUGACCUGACCUUCCUCCGCAUCCGCUCCAAGAAGCAUGAGAUCAUGGUGGCACCUGACAAGGAGUAUCUAUUGAUAGUCAUCCAGAACCCCAGUGAAUAGCCCCAGGAUGUUCCUGUGAGAGUCGGGCUGUAGCUCCUCACACAUUGAUCUUUCUCUGUCAACAAUAUGUUUUAUUUAGCUGGACCACACUUUUUGCUUUCUUUGUAUUUUCUUUUUUGUCUACUUUUUAAACUCUGCAAUAUGUUGCCGUACUCUAUAUACUCAUUAUCUUCCUUAGCCAUUGUCAUCAAUUCAAAAAAAUAAACAAGGAUGUCGUAACAAUUGUA